UGUUGGCUGUCACGGCGCCAUAGAUUUUGUUUGUGGUUCCAAUUUCUUCCCCCGCACUUGUUUCCCCUUUCUCUCUCACUACAAAAUUUGUACCUUUUUUCAUUUCCCCUUUCUCCUGUCUCUGCUCUGGUUUGGUCCUUCGGACAGGUUCAUCCCUUUUACUCCUUGAUCCCCAUGGCAUUAGCUGCAAUCAAGGUUUCAAGCAACCCAGUUGUGACCAGUAAGGCAACUGUAUCUAAUUCUUAUGGAGUUUUUUCUUCUUUAUCCAAGUCAGAACGUGGAAAAUUAAAUCCAUCAAGUUGUAGAGUUGACAUUGGGGAGCUCCAUGAAUGUCUCUUGACAGCAAAAGUCAAAGUCUCUAAUCAUGGGCGGCGGAACUCUUAUGGAAAACCUUGGAGCUGUACCCUGUCACGCAGACCUGCCGUGUUAUGUUUCUCAACUGGGACUCAUCAUUCAGAAACUGAAGAAUGUGCUAGGCCUUAUGAUAGUUCUGCAGGUUUAAGAUGUGCCCAAUCUGGGGAUGAUGAAGAUGAUCAGCCAACUGUUUGUAGAAGAACUAUUAAGUCCAACCCUGGAAUAGUUGAAGCUUGUCGAUUUGCAUAUAAUGAUGCAAAAUUUGUAAAUGAAAGGGCUCGCAAUGACAUCGUAUUGCUUUCUCGUGGCAUAAUGAGACUGGAUGCACGUGCACGUCAAGAUGUUGCUAUCCUUGGAUCUAAGUUUCUUAAGCUUGAUGCUCGAGCUAGAGAGGAUACAGAGACAAUUGACCGUAAUGUGAAGAAAAAAGCUGAGCGACUCCGACAUAUUGCUACAACUUUGAGAGAAAAGGCUCAGUCCCGGCUUAAAACUGCUGCAGAUGAGCAUUGGAGUGAUGGAGCCUUAGAGGCUGAUUUGCGCUUGGCUGAUUUCCGUGCUAAACAGCGGGCAAUGGAAGAUGCCCUGAUGGCUUUGGAGUUUGUCAAAAAUAUUCAUGAUAUGAUGGUGAGAAAGAUGUACAAAUUUCCUCUGUCAAAUGAAUCUGCUUUUCCAAUGGGCAAUGACAUGAUGGGCCGUAUAAAACUAGAAAAAAAUGGCAAGAGUUUAGAUUUCUUAACUGGCGAACUAUCAACUGAUCGCAUUUCUGCUAUUCAGGAAAUCUAUUGGAGUAUGGCCUCUGCCCUCUCUGAAGCUGAUGGAAUUGAUUAUACUGAUCCAGAAGAGCUCGAGCUGUUGAUUAGAACUCUUAUGGAUCUUGAUGCAAUGGAUGGCAAAAGCAGUGUAUCACUGCUUGCAGAAUGUUCGAGUUCUCCUGAUGAAAAUACUAGACAAGCACUGGCCAAUGCUCUGGCAGCAGCCCCAUCCAUGUGGACUCUUGGAAAUGCAGGCAUGGGAGCAUUGCAGAGACUGGCUGAAGAUAGUAACCCAGCAAUUGCUACUGCAGCAUCCAAUGCCAUCAAAGAGCUGAAGAAUCAAUGGGAAAUAGAAGAAGGAGAUAGCUGGAGCUUUACAGUGAAUCAAAAGGCUACCAUGGAAGGUAAUGAAGCUGAUGAUGAUGAAGAUGAUGCAGAUCCAUUAUGAGAGAUCUUUAAGUAAAAUGUUUACUGUAGAUAAGCUAAAUUUAAUCUCUUGUUAGAAGCAUAGGAGUAAAAAAGAAACAAACAAAAAGAAUACCCUGAUCAUUGCUUUUUGAUUGGUGGCUGUUAUAAAGCAAACUUGGUCAUUUCAUCUCAUGGAACUUUUUUUU